CUUUGUCUUCUUUUAAGGUUAUCUGGAAAGUUUUGCCUUCAGUAAGUAAGGGAGCAGUGGAUUUAUCAUCAUGUCGAGAUUGUUGGAUAUGAAAGAGUUUGGAGAAGCUGCUCCGUUUCUGCGCAAAUCCGACCUGGAGCUGCUGGCAGCGCAAACUGUGGCGUUUGAUGGAAAGAAACGCGCUUGGAUAGCAGAUGAAAAGGACGCGUACAUUGCGGUGGAAAUCAGGGAGAUUGAUGGUGACAAAGUCAUCGUUGAGACCAAGGACGGCAAGUGUUUAACUGUGAAGGAGGAUGACAUUCAACAGAUGAACCCUCCGAAGUUUGACAUGAUAGAGGACAUGGCCAUGCUCACACACCUGAAUGAGGCUUCGGUGCUCUAUAAUCUGCGGAGGCGCUACAGCAGUUGGAUGAUCUAUACAUAUUCUGGACUCUUCUGUGUGACCGUGAACCCAUAUAAAUGGCUUCCCGUCUACACGGCCCCUGUAGUGGCUGCCUACAAAGGCAAACGUCGCUCCGAGGUUCCACCUCACAUCUAUUCCAUCGCUGACAAUGCCUACAAUGACAUGUUGCGCAAUCGUGAGAAUCAGUCCAUGCUAAUCACCGGAGAAUCUGGUGCUGGCAAAACAGUAAACACGAAACGUGUAAUUCAGUAUUUUGCCAUAGUAGCGGCUCUGGGUGAGGCACCGACUAAAAAAGGAGGUACUUUAGAAGACCAGAUUAUUGAAGCCAAUCCUGCAAUGGAGGCUUUUGGAAAUGCCAAGACAUUGAGGAACGACAACUCGUCCCGUUUUGGUAAGUUCAUCAGGAUCCAUUUUGGACCAACGGGGAAACUGGCUUCCGCUGACAUUGAUAUAUAUCUUCUGGAAAAAUCCAGAGUGAUAUUUCAGCAGCCUGGAGAGCGUAGUUACCACAUCUACUACCAGAUCAUGUCACAAAAGAAGCCUGAACUUCUUGACAUGCUUCUGGUCUCUUCAAACCCCUAUGACUACCAUUUUUGCUCCCAAGGAGUGACAAUGGUAGAGAAUAUGGAUGACGGGCAGGAGCUUAUGGCUACUGAUCAUGCCAUGGAUAUCCUUGGCUUCACUCCAGAAGAAAAGUAUGGCUGCUAUAAAAUAGUAGGGGCCAUCAUGCACUUCGGGAACAUGAAAUUCAAACAGAAGCAGAGGGAAGAGCAGGCAGAGGCCGAUGGCACUGAAAGUGUUGAUAAGGCCUCCUAUCUGAUGGGUGUUAGCUCAGCAGACCUCAUAAAGGGUCUUCUGCACCCUAGAGUGAAGGUGGGCAACGAGUAUGUGGUUAAAGGACAGAAUGUCGAACAGGUUAACUAUGCCGUGGGAGCUCUGGCCAAAGCCACUUAUGACCGCAUGUUCAAGUGGUUGGUGGGGCGUAUAAAUAGGACGCUCUACACCGUUCUGCCACGCCAGUUCUUUAUCGGAGUGCUGGACAUUGCCGGCUUUGAGGUCUUUGAGCUCAACAGCUUCGAGCAGCUCUGCAUCAACUUCACCAAUGAGAAACUGCAACAGUUUUUCAACCACCACAUGUUCAUCCUGGAACAAGAGGAGUACAAAAGGGAGGGCAUUGAGUGGACCUUUAUCGACUUUGGGCUUGACCUCCAGGCCUGCAUUGACCUCAUUGAAAAGCCCUUAGGAAUCAUGUCCAUCCUUGAAGAGGAGUGCAUGUUCCCUAAAGCUACCGACAACAGCUUCAAGGCAAAGCUGUUUGACAAUCACCUUGGCAAAUCUGCCAAUUUCCAAAAGCCAAGGCCUGACAAGAAGAGAAAGUUUGAGGCUCAUUUUGAGCUAGUGCACUAUGCAGGAGUGGUGCCAUAUAAUAUUAUUGGUUGGUUAGACAAAAACAAAGACCCCCUGAAUGAAACGGUGGUAGCUUGUUUCCAGAAAUCAGCCAACAAGCUUCUGGGCAGUCUAUAUGAGAAAUAUGUUAGCUCUGACUCAGCCUCUGACACAAAAACAGGCGGCAAGGAAAAGAGGAAAAAGGCUGCUUCCUUCCAGACAGUGUCACAGCUACACAAGGAGAAUCUCAACAAGCUGAUGACAAACUUGCGGAGCACUCAGCCCCAUUUUGUGCGCUGCAUUAUCCCCAAUGAGACCAAAACACCAGGUAUCAUGGAUGCUUACCUGGUGCUGCACCAGUUGCGCUGUAACGGAGUCCUGGAGGGCAUUCGCAUUUGCAGGAAGGGAUUUCCUAACAGAAUUCUUUAUGCCGAGUUCAAACAACGGUAUCGCAUUCUGAAUCCUCAUGCAAUCCCUGAUGACAAGUUUGUUGACAGCAGGAAGGCUGCAGAGAAACUUCUGGCUUCACUGGAUAUCGACCAUAAUCAGUAUAGAUUUGGACAUACUAAGGUGUUCUUUAAAGCUGGUCUGCUGGGACACCUGGAGGAGAUGAGGGACGAGUGUCUGGCUAAAGCUCUCACUCUACUGCAGGCCUCCAGCCGUGGCAAGAUCAUGAGGAUGGAGCUGACGAAGAUGAUGGAGAGGAAGGAGGCUCUUAUGAUCAUCCAGUGGAAUAUCCGGGCCUUCAACAUCGUGAAGAACUGGCCGUGGAUGAAACUUUUCUUCAAAAUCAAGCCCCUGCUGAGGAGCGCCGCCACGGAAAAAGAGCUGGCCGCUCUAAAAGAGGAGUUCCUGAAGCUAAAGGAGGCACUAGAGAAAUCAGAGUCCAAACGUAAGGAACUGGAAGAGAAACAGGUCAGCCUGAUCCAAGAGAAGAAUGACGUUUCCCUGCAGCUUCAGGCAGAGCAGGAUAACCUGGCAGAUGCAGAGGACCGUUGUGACCUGUUCAUCAAGACCAAGAUUCACCUUGAAGCCAAAGUGAAGGAGAUGACCGAACGCCUGGAAGACGAAGAGGAGAUGAAUGCUACUGUUCUUGCCAAAAAACGCAAGCUGGAGGAUGAGUGCGCUGAGUUGAAAAAGGACAUUGAUGAUCUGGAGAUAACCUUGGCCAAGGUAGAGAAGGAAAAGCAUGCCACUGAAAACAAGGUGAAGAAUCUGAUAGAAGAGAUGGCAGCUUUGGAUGAAACUAUUCUGAAGCUCACUAAAGAGAAGAAGGCCCUACAGGAGAGUCACCAGCAGACGCUGGAUGACUUGCAGACAGAGGAAGACAAAGUCAACACUCUGACUAAGGCCAAAGCCAAGUUGGAGCAGCAAGUAGAUGAUUUGGAGGGGUCCUUGGAACAGGAGAAGAAAUUGCGAAUGGACCUGGAACGGGCCAAACGCAAGCUGGAGGGCGAUCUCAAGCUGGCCAUGGAGUCUGUCGUGGACCUUGAAAAUGACAAGCAGCAAUUAGAGGAAAAGCUAAAGAAGAAAGAUUUUGAAAUGAACCAGAUCAGUUCGAAAAUUGAAGAUGAGCAAGUGCUCAUCAUUCAGCUUCAAAAGAAGAUCAAGGAAUUGCAGGCUCGUAUUGAGGAGCUCGAAGAGGAACUGGAAGCAGAGCGUUCCAUCCGAGCGAAGAUGGAGAAACAGCGAUGCGAUGCAUCCAAAGAGCUUGAAGAGCUCAGCGAGCGUCUCGAGGAAGCCGGAGGUGCCACGUCAGCUCAAAUUGAGAUGAAUAAAAAACGGGAGGCAGAUUUUCUAAAACUGCGUCGUGACCUUGAGGAGGCCAUAUUGCACCACGAGGCUAUGACUGCCGCACUGCGCAAAAAGCAUGCAGACAGUGUGGCUGAGCUGAGUGAGCAAAUUGACAGCCUUCAGCGGGUCAAACAGAAGUUGGAGAAGGAGAGAAGUGAGGCCAAGAUGGAGGCAGAUGACCUAACCUCCAAUUUAGAGCAGCUGGCAAAGAGCAAGGCUUCCACUGAGAAAACGUGUCGCCUCUAUGAGGACCAGAUGAACGAGUCAAAAGCCAAAGUGGAGGAGCUCCAAAGGCAACUCAGCGACACCAACAUACAGCGUGCCCGGGCUCAGGCUGAAAGCGCUGAGCUGGGCAGAAAGCUGGAGGAGCAUGAAGCUCUGGUGUCUCAACUGCAGCGCAAUAAAAACUCCCUUAGCCAAAACAUUGAGGAGCUUAAGAAACAGCUAGAUGAAGAAACCAAAUCAAAGAAUGCCUUGGCUCAUGCCCUGCAAUCAUCCAGGCAUGACUGUGAUCUGCUGAGGGAGCAGUAUGAUGAAGAGCAAGAGGGCAAAUCUGAGCUGCAGCGUGCACUGUCCAAGGCCAAUGCCGAAGUCGCCCAAUGGAGGACCAAGUAUGAGACAGACGCCAUACAGAAGACAGAGGAGCUUGAGGAAGCAAAGAAGAAGUUGGCCGUCCGCCUCCAAGAGGCUGAGGAACAAGUCGAGGCAUCAAACGCAAAGUGCUCCUCCCUAGAAAAGACCAAACAUCGACUGCAGUCUGAGAUUGAGGAUCUCGUAGUAGAUCUGGAGCGCUCUAAUGCAGCCGCCGCUGCCCUGGAUAAGAAGCAGAGGCAAUUUGACAAGAUUCUGGCUGAAUGGAAGCAGAAGUAUGAGGAGUGUCAGUCUGAGCUGGAGUCUUCACAGAAAGAGUCUCGUAAUCUGAGCACAGAGCUGUUUAAACUCAAGAACUCUUAUGAGGAGGCUCUGGACCAUCUGGAGAGCAUCAAAUGGGAGAAUAAAAAUAUACAGGAGGAGAUUUCUGACCUAAAUGACCAACUAGGCCAGGGCAGCAAGACCAUUCAUGAGCUUGAGAAGAUCAAGAAGGGCUUAGACCUGGAUAAGACUGAAAUUCAGGCAGCCCUGGAGGAAGCUGAAGGAACUCUGGAGCAUGAGGAGAGCAAGACUCUACAUAUACAGCUGGAGCUCAACCAGAUCAAAGCAGACAUUGACAGGAAGCUGGCUGAGAAAGAUGAGGAAAUCGACAAUCUUCGCCGUAACCAUCAGCGUGCCAUAGAGUCCAUGCAAGCCACCCUGGAUGCAGAAGCAAAAUCCCGUAAUGAAGCCAUUAGGUUGAAGAAGAAGAUGGAGGGCGACCUGAAUGAAAUGGAGGUUCAGCUGAACCAUGCAAAUCGCUUGGCCACCGAGUCCCAAAAAAUGGUCCGCAACCUGCAAACACAGAUUAAGGACCUUCAGAUAGAGCUGGAUGAGACUAUUCACCAGAAUGAAGAACUGAAGGAACAGGUUGCCGUUACUGAACGCAGAAACAACCUCCUGACUGCUGAGGUUGAAGAACUCAGAAGCCAGCUGGAGCAGAACGAUCGCGCCCGCAAACUGGCUGAGUAUGAGCUCCUGGAAACCACGGAGAGGGUCAACCUACUGCAAACCCAGAACACGUCACUGCUUAAUCAAAAGAAAAAGUUGGAGCGCGAUAUCUCCACGUUGUCUAGUGAGGUGGAUGAUGCUGUGCAGGAGUGCCGAAAUGCAGAAGAAAAAGCCAAAAAGGCCAUCACUGAUACUGCCAUGAUGGCAGAAGAGCUCAAGAAAGAGCAGGACACCAGCGCUCACCUGGAACGGAUGAAGAAGAACAUGGAGCAGACCAUCAAAGAUCUUCAGAUGCGUCUGGAUGAGGCUGAGCAGAUCGCUCUAAAAGGAGGCAAGAAACAAAUCCAGAAACUGGAAAGCAGGGUCAGAGACCUGGAGAGUGAGCUAGAAUCUGAGCAGAAAAAAAGCAAUGAAUUCCAGAAGGGAGUCAGCAAAUACGAGCGAAGGAUCAAGGAGCUCACCUACCAGACUGAAGAGGACAGGAAGAACAUGGCUCGUCUACAGGAGCUCAUAGACAAGCUGCAGGCCAAAGUUAAGACCUACAAGAGACAAGCAGAGGAGGUGGAGGAACAAGCUAAUACCAACUUGACUAAGUACAAGAAGAUCCAGCAUGAGCUGGACGACGCUGAGGAGCGAGCCGAGAUCGCGGAGUCUCAAAUGAAUAAACUACGUACUCGGACAAGAGACCCGGGUAGCAAGGCUAGUCCUAAGCUUGCAGAGUGAAGAGGAAGACCCUCUCAUAUAGGAUCACAGCCCACAGCUGCAACAGUUUUGUGUGAGACUGAAUUAAAAAUGAGCCUAAAGCUAUUAGCAAAAUAAAAAAUAAUGACUCUUUUAUGUUUAUGUAGAUCAUAUAAAUCUUUAUUUCAUGUUGUCUUUAUUUGUACCAAUGUAUAGGCCUACUGCAACUUUAUGACAUCUCUUUGAUUUUAAACUUUCAAAGAUAAAACACAGCCCCUCCUUAAACCCUCUUCAGGAUAUAUACAGGCAACAAAGAAGCAGUGUUUAAAAAUGUAUGUGUUUGCAAUGAAUGUAAGUGCUCUAGUCUUCAUCUCACGUUCGCCUAAGUGUACAUGAUUUUAAACACUUAAAUCAUAAUUUAAAUAUUAAUAAUUUCUGUUUAAAGAGGUUUAAAACACUUUAAAAGAAAUUAGGCAUGUAUCACAAGAAAGAAAAAUUAUAUAAAUAAUGCCUUCCUUGAGGAUGGUGCUUCAUGUCUUAAAUGUCCAAAAAGGUCAGUUUCAUAUGCAAAAGAAUGAGACUUGAAUGACAAAAAUGGUUAAGAACACUUUAAAUUGUUUUUGUUCUUAGUGUAUAAUAAACCUAAAUUCGAACAUACCUAUAUUCGAACUA